GCGGAGCGGCUGAAACAGGCGAGCCAGGGCCAUCACUCAGCUCUACUCGUCUGGACUAUCCGGGCUAACUUUAGCUACAUGUGCUGAGGUCGAGGGGGAAACUGCAACCGCAAUAAUGCCGACAGUUACUUUACCGCCGAAAGAGAACGCUCUGUUCAAGAGGAUUCUGCGAUGUUACGAACACAAACAGUACAGAAACGGGCUCAAGUUCUGCAAACAAAUCCUGUCCAACCCCAAGUUUGCAGAGCAUGGAGAGACCCUGGCGAUGAAGGGCUUGACCCUGAACUGCCUGGGGAAGAAGGAGGAGGCCUACGAGCUGGUGAGAAGAGGCCUGCGCAACGACCUCAGGAGCCACGUCUGCUGGCACGUUUACGGCCUACUGCAGCGCUCGGAUAAGAAGUAUGACGAGGCCAUCAAGUGUUACCGCAACGCUCUGAAGUGGGACAAGGACAACCUGCAGAUCCUCCGAGACCUGUCCCUGCUUCAGAUCCAGAUGAGAGACCUGGAGGGCUACAGGGAGACACGGUACCAGCUGCUACAGCUGCGUCCAGCCCAGCGGGCUUCCUGGAUUGGCUACGCCAUUGCUUAUCACCUCCUGGAAGACUAUGAGAUGGCUGCAAAGAUCAUUGAAGAGUUCAGGAAAACACAACAGACGUCCCCAGACAAAGUGGACUACGAGUACAGCGAGCUGCUGCUGUACCAGAACCAGGUGCUGAGGGAAGCAGGCCUGUACAAGGAGGCCCUCGAGCACCUGUCCAACUAUGAGAAGCAGAUCUGUGACAAACUGGCAGUAGAGGAGACACGAGGAGAGUUGCUGUUGAAGUUGGAGCGUCUGGAAGAAGCAACAGAAGUCUACCGUCGUCUGCAGGAGAGGAACCCAGAGAACUGGUCCUAUUACCACGGUUUGGAGAAGGCGCUAAAACCAAGCAGUGUUGAGGAGAGACACAAGAUCUAUGAGGAAGCCUGGGAGAAAUUUCCCAAAGGACUGGUUCCCCGUCGGCUGCCCCUCAACUUCCUCUCUGGUGAGAAGUUUAGAGAGUGUCUGGACAGGUAUCUGAGGAUGAACUUCAGCAAAGGCUGUCCGCCCGUCUUCACCACGCUCAAAUCGCUGUACAACGACAAAGAAAAGGUGGCAAUAAUAGAGGAGUUGGUGGUCGGCUAUGAAACCUCCUUAAAAAGCUGUAGAAUGUUCAGCCAAAACGAUGAUGGAAAAGAGGAGCCACCGACCACGUUGCUCUGGGUGCAGUACUUCCUGGCACAGCACUACGACAUGAUUGGCCAGCAGACUCUGGCUUUAGAGUACAUCAACGCAGCCAUUGAGAGCACGCCUACGCUCAUUGAACUCUUCCUUAUCAAAGCCAAGAUUUACAAGCACGCUGGGAACAUCAGAGAGGCUGCUCAGUGGAUGGAUGAGGCCCAGGCUCUGGACACCGCUGACAGAUUCAUCAACUCCAAGUGUGCCAAGUACAUGCUGAAGGCUGGCAUGGUCAAAGAGGCUGAGGAAAUGUGCUCCAAGUUCACACGGGAGGGAGCGUCAGCGGUGGAGAAUCUGAAUGAGAUGCAGUGCAUGUGGUUCCAGACGGAGUGUGCUCUCGCCUACAAGGCAAUGAACAAAUUUGGGGAGGCCCUGAAGAAGUGCCACGAGAUCGAAAGGCAUUUUGUGGAGAUCACAGACGACCAGUUUGAUUUCCACACCUACUGCAUGAGGAAGAUGACGCUACGCUCCUACGUGGACCUGCUGAAGCUGGAGGACGUGCUCCGGAUGCACCCCUUCUACUACAAGGCUGCCGUCACCGCCAUCCAGAUCUACCUGAGCCUCCAUGACAAUCCCCUGACUGACGACAGCAAGGAGCUGCAGGCCGACACUGCGAACCUCUCGGACAAAGAGCUGAAGAAGCUUAGGAACAAGCAGCGGAGAGCCCAGAAGAAGGCCCAGCUGGAGGAGGAGAAGAAGAAUGCUGAGAAGGAGAAGCAGCUAAAGAACCAGAAGAAGAAGAAGGAGGAUGAUGACGAGGAGAUCGGAGGGCCCAAAGAGGAGCUUGUUCCUGAUAAACUGGUCAAGGUAGAAAAUCCACUGGAGGAAGCCGUCAAGUUCCUGAUGCCUCUCAAACACCUGGUCAAAGACAAGAUUGACACACACCUACUGGCCUUUGAGAUCUACUUCAGGAAAGAAAAAUACCUGUUGAUGCUCCAAUCAGUGAAGAGAGCGUUGGCCAUUGACCCAGACCACCCAUGGCUACACCAGUGUUUAGUACGCUUCUUUAAAGGAGUCUCGGAGAGCAAGGAGCUGCCGGAGGUGGUCAGGACGGUGCUGAAGCAGGAGAUCACCCGGCUGUUUGGAGACAGCAAUGCUAAGAGCUUCAACCAGGCCUACCUCACCAAGCACUCCAACUCCAUACCACACCGACUGGCUGCUGCUAAGAUGAUGGUGUAUCUGGACUCAUCGACAGAGACGAAGGCAGCAGAGCUGGCCACUGCACUAGAUGAGUCACUCAGCAACAGAACCAUACAGAUCUGCACAGAGGUCCUGGAGUGUCUUCGUAGCGGCGUCCUGGGCGACUGUAAAGACCGCGUGGAGGCGUACCGUGCCGAGUGUCACAAGCUUUACCCCUACACGUUAGCUUUCAUGCCCCCCGGAUACGAGGAGAACACCAAGAUCGCCAACGGAGACGUUUCCACGGAAACGGAAGAGCUAGCCAAUGAGAUGUGAGCGCAACAGAACAACAGCGGAUGAGAAAAGGAAUUGGGCCAAGCACGGAGCCUUGUGGUACGCCUGGCAGCCAUUUUGUAGAGCCAGACACGGGAAGCGAAAAAUGGGUGUUUCGUUCUUUGGCUCAUCUUAAUCGGGUCUGACCUGGCAUGGCUUGGCUCUCUCCCACAUGGUGAAAAUCAGGACUGUGUGUGUGUGUGUGUGUGUGUGUGUGUGUGUGUGUGUGUGUGUGUGUGUGUGUGUGUGUGUGUGUGUGUGUGUGUGUGUGUGUGUGUGUGUGUGUGUGUGUGUGUGUGUGUU